AUGGUAGACGGCGAGGAAUGCGCAAAGCGCGUGGCCAUGGGGUUCGGGGUGGGUGCCGCCCUCGGCAGCAGCAUAGGUGCGGUCUACGGGACGUACGGAGCCUUCAAGUACAGGGUCCCGGGGCUGUUCAAGAUCCGCUACAUCGGGCAGAACACUGUCAACACCGGGCUGUUAUUUGGCGUGUUUCUAGCCGCGGGAUCACUCCUGCAGUGCUACCGGUAG